AUGUAUGCAUAUGCUUAUGCUUACCUCCCUGCAUCAACUGCUUCCCUUCUAGCAUCGUCAUCCCUAGCCUUUUCUGCCUUAUUUGGUUAUCUUAUUGUGAAGAACAAAAUAAAUGCUUCUACUAUAAAUGCUGUCGUGAUCAUUACUGCUGCUAUGGCCAUCAUUGGUUUGGAUUCUGACUCUGACCGAUACGGGAAUAUUACUGACAGCCAAUACAUCAUGGGUUUUAUAUGGGAUAUUCUGGGAUCUGCUCUGCAUGGCCUCAUUUUUGCUCUUUCAGAGCUUGUUUUUGUGAAACUGCUAGGCAGGAGGUCCUUCCAUGUUGUCUUGGAGCAACAAGUGAUGGUUUCUCUAUUUGCUUUUGCGUUCACAACAAUCGGCCUUAUUGUGAAUAAUGAUUUCCAAGGAAUGGUUUCCGAGGCCAAAAGUUUCAAUGGUGGUAAGGUUUCAUAUUGCAUGGUUCUUAUCUGGGGUGCUGUAACAUUUCAACUGGGGGUCCUGGGGGGGACUGCUGUUCUUUAUUUGUCUUCCACUGUGCUGGCUGGUGUGCUUAAUGCCGUGAGGGUGCCUAUCACAAGCAUUGCUGCGGUUAUAUUGUUACAUGACCCAAUGAGUGGUUUCAAAUCCUUUCCUGGUUAUCACCUUCUGGGGAUUUGCCUGCUAUAUCUAUGGUACUUCUUCUCCGAGUAA